ACAAUAUUUUGCCCUGUGUGUAUUUGCAUACGUAUAUGUGUGCAGGGUGGGCUGAGGUUCCUUUAAGAGUCGGAGCUGUGGCCGCCUGCUCCAGUACAGCCUAGGGACUGGGACAAGUGCACAGCUAAGCCAUGGCGGACAACAUCAAAACAGGAGUCUUCGCUAAAAACGUUCAGAAACGCCUGAACAGGGCCCAGGAAAAGGUACUUCAAAAGCUUGGUAAAGCAGAUGAAACGAGAGAUGAACAAUUUGAAGGAUUUGUGCAAAAUUUCAAAAAGCAGGAGGCAGAAGGCAGUAGAUUACAGAGGGAACUACGGGGCUAUCUCACUGCAGUGAAAGGGAUGCAGGAAGCCUCCACGAAGCUAACAGAGUCACUACAUGAGGUCUAUGAGCCUGAAUGGUACGGCAGGGAUGAUAUUAAAGCUGUGGGACAGAAUUGUGAUUUGCUGUGGGCAGACUUCCACCAAAAACUGGUGGAUCAAGCUUUGUUAACCCUGGACACAUACCUGGGCCAAUUUCCUGAUAUUAAGACUCGAAUUGCAAAACGCAGCAGAAAGCUCGUUGACUAUGACUGUGCACGACAUCACUUAGAAUCUUUGCAACAUUCAAAACGAAGAGACGAUAGUAAGCUUACCAAGGCAGAAGAGGAGUUUCAGAAAGCUCAGAAAGUGUUUGAGGAACUAAAUACUGAUCUGCAGGAUGAGUUACCAGCAUUGUGGUCAAGCCGGGUUGGUUUCUAUGUCAGCACCUUCAGAAACAUCAGCUGUAUAGAGUCAAAAUUUCACAAGGAGAUUGCAGUGCUCUGUCACAAACUCUAUGAAAUUAUGAGUAAACUCGGAGAGCAGCAUGCUGAUAAAGCAUUUAGUAUCCAAGGUGCACCCAGGAGAUGGAGUGACUCGGGCCCAUUGAGAAUUUCCAAGACCCCAACGCCACCGGAAGAACCAUCUCCACCCAGUAGCCCAGUGACCAGUCCUAACCAUAGUUUAGCACCUUUAGCACCAUCACCAGCUCAUACUCCGACUCGUCCCAAGUCACCAUCUCAGCUGAGGAAAGGCCCUCCAGUUCCACCACCUCCGAAACUCACCCCAACAAAGGAGCUGCACCAGGAAAAUAUCAUCAACUUCUUUGAGGACAACUUUGUUCCUGAGAUCAGUGUCACCAGUCCAUCACAGGCCUUGACAUGCUGUGGAUCCUUCUUUGCUGUACCAGAAUUAUCUCAACAGCCAGAACAACCUGUUGCUCAACCAGUCGAAUCAUUACUUGACUUGGACUUUGAUCCUUUCAAACCAGACCAGUCCACUCCAAUUACAAGAAGUCAGUCACCGCUUGGUCAAACCCUGCCUUGGGAUCUGUGGGAGGCAAGUGCGGAACUGGUUCAACCUCCCGACUCUUCACAAAGUCUCUUCUGUCUCUGUAAUCCGGCUGCGGAGGACAGCACAGAUGCUGGUGCACCAAGCGAUGGUACUGCAGCAGUUUCUGAAGUAGCGGCCAACCAGAACUGUACACCACAGUGGGGCUUAACCAACACUGGCCCACUCGCUAGCAGUGAGGAAGGAGCUCUAGAUGAUACUCCAGAAGAAGCGCAGCCAUUUUCUCAGGAACGGGAAACUGCAGGAAGCUGUACAGUCCGAUCAGCUGAUAGCAUUGUGUACCCUGUGUAUCAGGCUGAGGAAGAGGAACAGAGUUCAGUCAAUGCAGAAAAUUGGCAAGAGAAUCCAUUAGACAAACAGAUGCCCAGUGCUGCUUUUAAUGGAUUCACACAGUUGGAUGUUAACAUCACUGAGGGAGCCACGGAGUUGUCAAAUCAAAGUGUGUUUGAUACAGUGAUCAAUGCAGAAUCCACUCUUGGUGAGGAGCCCAAGGCCCCAGCAGCAGGUACAGAGCCACCCCAGGAUGCUCUCUCUGCUGUGCCCAGUGUGGCAGCUGCAGAGGAGGUUGUGGAAAUUAAGGAGCCUGAGGUGCAGGAGCCAGCUGUUAGUGCUGAGACUGACAGCACUGAGGAGAUUAAGGAGCCUGAGGUGCAGGAGCCAGUCAUAGGUGCUGAGACUGAAAGCACUGAGAACGUGACACCUGAGGCAGAGACGGAACAAGGCCAGGCAACGUCUGAUGACUUAGAGCCUUCACAGGUUUCAGUUCCUUCGGUAGUUGUUCAGCCUGCAUCCAACCAUGAAGGUGAAGAUGAUCCAGACCAAGCAGAGGAUGAAACUCAAGAUGUGCAAGCAGAGGAGGAGGAGAAGGCAGUCACAGACAUGAACACAUCUGCAACAGCCAGUGCACCAGAACAGGUUGAAGAAAUGAGCUCAGAUAGCAUCGGGAUAGAUGACAGUGCAGAAACCACCAGUGUCCCUCAGCAACAGAGUGCAGCUGAAGAUGAAGUUUCUGUCUCACAGAGCAUGCCUCCAGGGUUCAUGUACAAGGUUCGAGCGCUCCAUACCUUUGAAGCUGCUAAUGCAGAUGAACUUAGUUUGCAGCGUGGGGAUAUUGUGUUGGUGGUUCCAUCUGAAUUAAUAGAAGAUCAGGAUGCUGGAUGGCUCACAGGCAUAAAGGAGUCCAAUUGGUUACAGGACGGUGCUGCCAAUGCCUUGAAAGGUUUGUUUCCCAAGAACUUCACUCAGCAACUGGAGUAGACUUCAGCCGUGGUCUAUCUGUGUGGAAGUUAACAGAAAAGCAGGACUUUGUUCUGCAAACCACAUGGUCUCCCACAACACAGUUGUGUCCUUAGAAUCUUCAAAGGGUAAUAUCGGAGUUGGAAAGCUAAUAGGGGAGGUCAAAAGCACUUGGUAAACACAAUGAAGAGAGGAAAUGUAUAUAGGAUUAAAUUAGCUGGAAGCAUGGCAUUGACCUCAAUAUAACUAUUUUGAACCAACUACACAAAUUAAUAUGUAUUUGCUUAUCAAAGUGCAACUCCAUGUUUAUUUGUAUUCUCCUGGAGUUCAUGUUGAUUCUUGAAUGAACCCCUAUCAGUAUAAUGCUAGUGUAAUCCUCCAGAUAACAAAUUUAUGCUUUGCACCAUGCACUAUAUAAGUUUGUUGUCAUGCACCAUAGUUCAGUAGUUUGUCAAAUAGUUAAAUAAUCUAUGUAUACUUACCAAUCUUUAAUACGUUUACUAUAAUUUGUUUUCAUUCCUAUACAUAGGGUUGAAGAGCUGUCUUUUCAGUAAUACAGUGUACGUAACCCUACUUUACGUAUUUCUUCACCCUAUAUUUCACAGCAAUUCCAGUUGGCUGUUUUUGAACAAAUAUUGUUGCUUUAUUGCCAAAACAAAUCUAAAAAACUUGUGUUUGUAACGUAUUGUGCAUUAAGAUUGUAAAAUCCAGAAUCAGAAGGAACAAGACUCCUCCACCUACUGGUUGGAGGAUGCUUUUCCACUCUUCCAUAUAAUCAACACAGAUGUCCGCAGGUCCUUUAAAGGUGAAAUAAAAUGGUAUAUCAGUUAUUUAAAACCACAGGCUUUAUUUAUCCUUGCAGCAACAGAUUGGCAUGUUUUAUUCUGGUUAAGUGAAACAUGCAACAAAAUAAAUUCAACAUUUACAAUAGACGUUGUAACUGUAUCAAUGUGUGGUUCUGUGAUCAUUGUUAUUUAUUUCACUGCUCGUGCAGGAAUAAAGAAAAAGCAAAGCAGUGCUGCA